GUACUUUGCAAGGGUUGAUAGUAAACGAACAUUACAAUGCAGUAAACUUAUACAGAAACAUUACAAUGCAGUAAACUUAUACAGAAACUCGCUGCCAUUUAUGUGCUUGUCUUCGACGAAAUGCACUCUAUCUCAUUUACUUAUAUAUUAGACGUCGAAUCCGUGUAUCACUCCCAAGCGAUGGAGAUAUCUUUUAUUUUAUUGUUAAGGGCGAUUCUUCUGUUGAUUGCAGGCCCAUGUGUAUUUUCUGCAGUAGUCCCUGCUUUAAUAUCGUUCGGAGACUCUACAGUAGACGCGGGAAAUAACAACCAUCUUCUUACGUUAGCAAAGAGCAACCAUCCUCCCUACGGACGAGACUUUCCUGGUAGAAAGAUAACGGGUCGAUUUUCCAAUGGAUUCAUAGCUAUAGACUACGUUGCAUCUAUGCUUGGACUGGGCUCUGCAACCGUUGGUUAUUUGAAUCCGGAAGCUAAAGGAGAUAAUAUUGUGAGGGGCGUUUCAUUUGCUUCAGGAGGAUCUGGUUUAUACCAUGGCACUGCCCAAAUUUAUAAUGUCAUAAGCCUAGACGAUCAAUUGAAACUCUACAGACAAUACAGAGAGGAUUUAGCUCAUGUGGUGGGUGCGGCCAAUUCUUCCAGAAUUUUGUCGGACGCUGUUUAUCUCAUAAGCAUCGGUAGCAAUGACUAUCUUAACAACUACUACGUGAAUAUUAUUCUUGGAAUUGAAUAUAAUCGCCGACAGUACAGAAACCAUCUACUCAAUAUUUUGUCUGGUUUCCUAGCGGAGCUUCGAAACAUGGGUGCACGUAGAGUGGUGGUGGCAUCUCUUCCUCCGUUUGGCUGCUUGCCCUCGCAAAUAACACUAUACGGUCUCGGAAAGGAAACUUGUCUCCAAAAGCUUAACAAAGAGGCAUCGAUUUUUAAUUCGAAAAUGCUGAAACUAUUGCAGAUGUUUAACGGAACGGAUGGCAUGAAGAUUGCUUAUUUAGACAUUUUCUCCCAGCUCUACGACGCUGCUAGAUUCCCAGCCAAGUAUGGGUUUGUAGAAGGGCGGAGAGGAUGUUGUGGAACAGGGCGUCUGGAAGCAUCGAUCUUGUGCAAUAAAUUUAGUAUUGGCACAUGUGAAAAUGCUUCAAAGUAUGUAUUCUGGGACAGCUUCCAUCCAUCAGACAGAAUGAACUUUCUUAUUGCAAAAACGCAGCUUCCCAAAGCUCUCCAACAAUUGUUAUGACAGCUGCUAUAUUCCACUAUGAUUAAUAGUCAUUUCUGGGAAUGUUCUUUAUUGAAAUA